AUGUCGUACUUUAUGACCCACCUCCACUCGGGCUGGCACGUCGACCAGGCCAUCCUGGUGGAAGAAGACCGCGUGGUGUGCAUCCGCUUCGGGCACGACCACGACCCCGAGUGCAUGGCGAUGGACGAGGCGCUGUACGGCGUGAGCGAGAAGGUGUCCAACUUUGCCAUCCUGUACCUCGUCGACGUGACCGAGGUGCCCGACUUUACGAAGAUGUACGAGCUGUACGACCAGUGCACGCUCAUGUUCUUCUACCGCAACAAGCAUAUCAUGAUCGAUCUGGGCACGGGUAACAACAACAAGAUCAACUGGGCUGUUACCGACAAGCAGGAGCUCAUCGACAUCAUCGAGACGGUGUACCGCGGUGCCUCCAAGGGCCGUGGUCUGGUCGUCGCGCCAAAGGACUACUCGACGAGACACAAGUACUAG